GUGUGUGGGGGGAGGGGAGGUCCUGUUACUGUGCGCAACAUGGAGGCGAGUGUGGUGCCCAGCGACCUGUACCCGCAGAUUUACAGCUUCCUGGUGCAGAAUAAGUUCGACAAGGCCGCCAAGAAGUUCCUGAAGCAGUCAAACGUGAAAGUUCCAGAUGUAAAGUCACCAUCUCUUAUGGAGAUCUUUGACUUCUGGGUGAAGUCAUCUGAUGUAGCAAAGAAAAGAAAGUCUGUACUCAAUGGGCCGCCCACAAAAAAGGCAAAGAAAGAGGAAAGCUCCAGUAGUUCAGACAGCUCAGACAGUUCUGAUGAUGACGAUAAAGCUACAAAGAAACCAGUCAGCAAGCCGCCGGCACCAACGUUAAGCAAACCCCCAAUUAAAAAGGCUGCUCCGAAGAAGGAAAGUAGCAGCAGUGAAGAUUCAAGUUCUUCAGAUUCUGAGGAAGAAAAGAAACCUGUGCAGAAGGCCGUCUCUGUUAAAGCUCCAGCUCCUGCAAACAAAGCACCCGCAGUCACCAAAGCACCCGCAGGCACCAAACCAGCUGCCAGAAAGAAAGAUGAAAGUUCCAGCAGUGAAGAAUCAGACAGCUCGGAGGAUGAGAAACCUGCUGCAAAAGCACCAGUGAAACCAGCUUUAAAACCUGUCAAUCAAACCGCUGAGGAAAGCAGUGAGGACGAUUCCAGUGAUGACUCUAGUGACUCUGACUCUGUAGGGAAACCACCUGCACAAAAAGUAAUGGCCAAGUUCACUGAGCCUGCCAAGCCUGUGUCAGUUCGAGGAAAAGCCAAGAAUGCAAAAGCUGUGGCCGCUGCUAAAGAGGAGAGCUCAAGCAGUGAGGAGGACUCUGACAGCUCCGAUGACGCAUUACCCGUAAAACCAAAUGCAAAACCAGGUGCUUACAGCUCAGUGCCACCACCCGGGCAACAGAAUUAUAAGGUAACUCCAGGCAAGAAGACACCUACGCCUAGUGCUGUAAAAAAUGCUCCCGUAUCAAAGAAUGUAAAAAAGGCUCUGGCAUCGACCACAAUCAAGAAGGCACCAGCAGCUCCUGCUAAAAAGGAGAGCAGUGACUCUUCGGAAGAUAGUUCAGACAGCAGUACUGAUGAGGAACCGGUGAAACCUGCUACGAAAAUUGCACCAUCAAAAUCUGCUCCAAAACCAGCUGCUGCUCAGAAAACUGCAGCCAAGGCAGAUUCCAGUUCCGAUAGUGAUUCUGAUUCUGAAAGUUCUGAAGAUGAACCCAAAGCGAAGACUAUGGCAAAGCCCAUGCCAAAGCCAGCUGCAAAGCCCACGCCAAAACCAGCUGCAAAGCCCACACCAAAACCAGCUGCAAAGCCCACACCAAAAACAGCUGCAAAGCCCACACCAAAACCAGCUGUGAAGCCUCCAGCCCAAACAAAGGAUACAGAGAGCAGUUCAGAAACUGACAGCUCGAGUGAUUCUGAUGAACAGAGCACGCCGGCUGCUGCUGCCGUCAAACCAGCUGCUAAAUCAGCUGCUGUGCCUGUAAAACCAUGGAAGCAAAAUACCUCAGCAGCCAAGCCAGCUGCUGCUGACGAAAGCAGCUCAGACUCUGACGACUCCAGCAGUGAGGAGGAGGAGGCGAAACCAGCAGCAAAGGUCAAGACUCCUGCCAAAGGAAAAUCACUAGCAUUGACUGCGAAAGCAAAAGCACCGGCUGCUACCAAUAAAAAUGAAUCCAGCAGUUCUGAAGAAACUUCGAGUGACGAUGAACCUCAGGUGAAAACUCCGGUUGGCCAAGUCAAAAAGGCAGUCACCACUCAGUCUGCAAACUCUGCAGCUAAGAAAGCAGAAAGCAGCAGCAGCAGCAGCUCAGAAAGUUCAGAUUCAGAGGAAGACAGCACUAAAGAAAAACCGAACGAUGUGCAAACACCAACCUUAACCUCUGCAAAGAAAGCAGCAGAGAGUAGCUCUGAAGAUAGCUCUUCUGAUGAAGAUGAGAAAAACAAUACCCAAACUGUAAACGGUACGCUAAAUACCAAGAGGAAACGGGAAAGCUCUUCCUCAUCUGAAUCAGAGGACGGAAAAUCUGAAUCAACUCCAGCAAACCAGAAACUGCAAGUGAAAACUCCAAACACAUUUCCAAAAACCAAAAAGAAAGCUGCACAGUUAAAGAUGACACCUGGAAUUAAGAGCCCUCAACCUAAUACUCCUUUCCGUAGAGUAAGAGAAGAAGAAGUUGAAAUUGAUCCACGUCUUUCCAAUAAUUCAUUUGUUGCAAAGAAAGGAGCAUCAGGAGACUGGGGAGAAAAGGCAAAUCGUGAUUUAAGAUGCACAAAAGGAAAAUCCUUCAGACACGAAAAGACGAAGAAAAAGCGUGGGAACUACCGGGGCGGGUCCAUUGGCAUGACUGUGAAUUCCUUCAAAUUUGACAGUGAAUGAGUGUAAACUGUGAAACGCUCUAUGUUGUAAAAUUAUAGAAUUCAGAUCUUUAUAUAUGGUUAAAAUUUAGUGUAUAGUUCCAAAUCUUUUUAAAUCCUUCAUUCGUCUUCUAAAUAUCUGAACACUCUUUCCAGGGGCAAUUGCUUGUAUUUAAAUUACUUUUUUUUGAUGAAAGUAUUUGUCUCUUCAUGUUUGUUAACUUCAUCUAACAACAAAACUGUAGUUUUUUUUUUAAGAAAAAGGAACUGACAAUAUGGUUCUAUUUGAGUGUCAGUGUUCUAAUGUUUGUUCUUUUAGAUUUGAGGAACAAAAAUUAUGAAGAUUUCAUGAGCAGAAAAGACUGGUAGCUUAUUCAAUAAACCAUGUUGGAGAUAAGUUUUUAUUAAAA